CUCUCUCUCUGCCGUCUCCCUUGCUGCAAGGAGCUCCAAGCCGUGUGAGUGUGAUGCUGACGUGUGCCUGCACUCGUCUAUACCUCUCUCCCACUGGCACCCUGUUUCCCUGCAGUGAAGGAAGAGAAAGGGGGAAAGACAGCAAUCCUAUUUGAAGGUUGAUGCUUGGAAAGCAACUGUUAUAUAUAGGCCCUUGAUACUUCUACUCUUUGCUGCCUAAGCUCGUUCUGUUGUGUAACUGCUAGAUCCUGCAGUUUUUGUUCUUGCAUCGGCUUGCCAUGGACAGAGUAGGAGCAGGUGUUCCCAUGGAUGCAGGCCAGGAUUUGUGGGACUGGGAGGUCCUGCCUGACCGCAGGAGCUUCUCCAUGGGCCAUGGCAGCAUGCAUCCUAAUGCUCAAGAGACAGAGGAAAUUGUUCUGCCUCCGUCAGGAGAUGCUGCUGUGGCCGACGAGCCUGACGUCGAGUGCAAGGACAUCGGCGUCGUGCUGGAUGAGACCAAGCCAGUGCCUAGUGUUGCCGAUCUGAUGGUCUCUGACAAGGACGAGGAAGAGAAGGCGUUCGAGAGCUCUGACGCCAAGGAGGCCGACGAUGACAAAUUUGCCGAGGAAGAAGAGGAUGUCAAGAAGGAAAACAAAAAGGCGCGGCCGGAAUGCGUGGUGUUCAGCGUGGGGAAGCUGAAGGUGAACGGGAUCGGCGCGCUGUGCUCGUUCGGGUUCGCCGCCGCCACCGUCUGCAUCUUCCUGAUCGGCGGCAGGCUGCAGCACCACCACAGGCAGCAGCAACAGAAGAUCCAGCUGCAGUUCUAUGGCGAUGAUAAGAGAAUCCAGCAGGUUGUGCAGCAGACCUCAAGGCUGAACCAGGCCAUGUCAUCCGUGAUGGGGGCAGGAGGAGCAUCAACAAGGGCCAACAUCUCAUUUGGUGGCUUCUACGAUGGGUUCUGAUCUCAUCAGAGUGGAGUAUCAUCGUCAAGCACAAGUUGCCAAUUGCCAUGGUAAUAGGUAGCAACUUAUUAGAUAUGCUACGGCGUACGGCCAAGUGGUCUGAAACUCUGAAUGUACACUACCACGUACCUGCACAUAGUUUGUAUUGGUUGUAAAUAAUUGGGUUCUUAGACCUUGGUUUAUUACAUACAGAUAAGGAUGGAUUAUUGCUAGGUUUGUUCAAGCUGAUAGAUAAGAGAAAGAUUAUUUGACUUAUGCCGAAAUAGGAAAUGCUUAGUGGAGAAGUUAGUAACUGAACAUGAAUAAUUCCUCCUCUUGACCUUGGUUUUCCAAGAGGGGAUUUCUAUGUG